UUAAACUUAUAACUUUGUCUAUGACUCUUCUGAAUUCAAAACUUCAAAACAGUCAGACGGCGAGAAGUGGCGCAGCUUUUUUGAGAGUCAUUCUUCCAAUCAUUUAAAUAAUUCUCUGGCCUUCAAUCUAUCACUUGCUUGCAAUUCAAUGAUUACACGAAUACUCUAUCCAGUAUAAAUCGCAUGACCUCAUCGUUAUAAUGUCGGCGAAGCCAUUAGCGCACGAGAAGCGCAAGGGCGAAUCGGCGCUCAGCGAUUUCGCGGAUUAUGUAGAGCAACAGCAGAACCUACGGUACCCGACCGCACGAACGACGACGAGCACAGCCGAGAUAACAGACACAAAUACCGAACAUCACGAAGAGCUCGAUGAGCUAUUCGACAAUCUUGAUCUUGCCGAAUCAGCACCACGAGUGCCUCUCAAGGACCUUCUCCUUGGAUCGACUGAAGAUACACUGAAACAAUUGGAGGAAAUUGUCUCUGACCGGUUAGAGGAGGGUUUCGGUGAAUGCGUUUUCGAGAUCGGAUAUGAGAACCAUGGCGAAUCGAUGAAGCUGACCCUCGACCAAUGGAACCAGGCGUUCAAGACACUUCAGGAAGCAGCAAAGGGGGUACGCGCCGACUGCGACCUGCUCUUGUCCAAGAAUGUCGGUGGCGACCUCGAGGCCGCGAGCACUACCGACAAGCCUACCAAGGAUAAGAGCUGCAGCGGCAAGGUCCUGAUCCGCCAGAAUCCCGCAACAAUAGAAGAUGUCAUUGAAACCCGGAUAGCGGUAGUAGGGAAUGUCGACGCAGGCAAGAGUUCCAUGUUGGGCGUGCUCGUAAAGGGAGAUCUUGAUGAUGGACGAGGUAAAGCUCGAGUCAAUCUCUUCCGGCACAAGCACGAAAUCGAGUCAGGGCGAACCAGUUCGGUUGGUAUGGAGAUCAUGGGCUUUGACACCAUGGGCAAGGUCGUCACCUCUGACACUCCUGGGCGCAAGCUGUCUUGGGAGGAAAUCGGCAAGAGGAGUGCAAAGGUUAUCACCUUCACUGACUUGGCUGGCCACGAGAAGUAUCUUCGAACGACAGUAUUCGGACUGCUCUCAAGCAGUCCAAACUAUUGUCUUCUUAUGGUGGCGGCGAACAACGGUCUUAUUGGCAUGAGCAAAGAGCACCUGGGUAUUGCUCUGGCUCUUAACGUUCCUGUUAUGGUUGUCGUCACCAAGAUCGAUAUCUGCCCUCCCAACAUUUUGGAGCAGACCUUGACGCAGAUCACCAAGAUCAUGAAGAGUCCUGGAGCUCGAAAGAUACCAACUUUCAUCAAGACUCGCGAGGAAUGUAUCAACACAGCGACUCAGUUCGUCAGUCAGCGGAUAUGCCCUGUCUUCCUCGUCUCCAACGUCACAGGGGAGAAUCUCGACCUGGUCAGGACGUUCUUGAACAUUCUCCCCCAUCACGGACGUUACAACUCCGAUGCCCCAUUCGAGUUCCACGUCAAUGACACGUUCUCGGUACCUUUCACAGGUACAGUCGUGUCUGGCAUCAUUAAGUCUGGUGUCAUUCAUGAAGGCGACAACGUUCUCAUCGGGCCUGAUUCUUUGGGACAGUUCACGCCAACCUCUGUCAAGUCAAUUGAACGCAAGAGGAUACGAGUUCCCGCUGCAUCGGCUGGACAGUCUGCUUCUUUCGCUUUGAAGAAGGUCAAGCGCAAGGAUGUGCGCAAGGGCAUGGUGCUUCUUCCCCGGAUCGAAGGCCAGGUGAUGCCAAAGGUGCAUCGUGAGUUUGUUGCAGAGGUCCUUAUUCUCUCUCACGCCACUACCAUCAAAACCAAGUACCAGGCCAUGCUUCACGUUGGCCCUGUUUCCCAAACGUGUGCCAUCAUCGACAUUGACCGAGCGCUCAUUCGCACAGGAGACCGCGCAACUGUCGCGUUCCGCUUCGUUCAACGCCCUGAGUACCUUGCACCAGGUGACAGGCUCCUGUUCCGUGAGGGUCGCACCAAGGGACUUGGUAUUGUCAAGUCUGUUGGAUACGACCCAAAUCAUCCAUUGAUGCCUAGCAAGGAUGGAGAGAAGGAGAAGCAGCCCGUUAACUCCGAGGUCAAAGUAGGUGCUUGAUGCGCUUGUGGGAAAUCGCCAAAAGGCUAGAUGCCUACGGCUGUCACGAUACCAUGUAAGGACAAGGAUAUGGCGUUUUGCUGUUGUUUUAAGAUU